AUGACAGAUCCGCAAAUUGAAAGUGUUUUCCCUCUAGCGACUGAUGUUAAUGUCGCUUUGAUACUGGAUUCUGAUGAUUACCCAGAGUCACCAUGUCCCUCAUCGCCCCAAAAUAAACCUUCAAUAAACCCUCAUUCCACGAAACCCCCAUGGAAGAAAUUACUAUACUUGAAACAACCAUAUCCAGACAACUACACUGAUGUGUCGUUUCUAUCGCAAUUGAAAAGAAAUACUACUGUGGCCAAAUACUCGUAUCUUCAAUUGGUUGAUGACUUUGUAUUGAUUGUGUUUUACAUCUCGUGUAUCUUGUUAGUGGACUUGAUGUUCAUUGGGAUAUAUUCUAAAGGUUGGGAUCCAGUUAAACCAACAGUUGCUAGCACUAUUAUAUGUGUAUUGUUUUAUGGUCUUUUGCGUUACCACUAUCUUUUGUCUUCAAUCUUGGGAUCCAAUUUGAAUUUGAAAUCAUUCAUAUUGAUAUCGUUUAUGAUCUUAAUUGUUUCGCCAAUACUCAAAUCCUUGACACGGUCCACGUCAUCUGAUUCAAUUUGGGCCAUAUCACUGAUUCUUUGUAUCGUUAACUCGGUAUUUUAUGAGUAUUCAUCGACAAAAGUAUAUAAACCCACUAUAUCCACGAAUAUUUCAGUUAGUAACGCAAUAGUAUUGGCAUCACGACUAAAGUCAACUUCACAAGUGUUUGUGUUUAUGCUUUUUGCCAUCCAAGCCAACAUCUUGUUACCGUUGUAUGAUGCUAGUUUACGUCAAAACAAGAGGCUCAAAUAUCUUCAUUAUGUCACGAUUUUAUCAACAUUUUUCUUGGUAGAUUAUUGGAUUUACAAACUCGUCAAUUACAAGUUUCUACUUUACUGGCUCUUGUCGGUUUUUGUUGCUAUGAUUUUGAUGCCAGCAUAUUUUUUGUCACUACAAAGAUACAAGAAUGAGCUACAAGGACCAUGGGAUAUUGCAAAGCCAAAAAUUAAUAGAAAUAUGUAUUAA